UGUUUAUCUAGUUUAUUUAUGUUUACAUAAAAUAUCUAUCAUUAAAAUUAAUGUGUUAAUGUAUAAUUGUUUCUCAAACCUAUGGCUAUGUGUCAGUCGAGAUAGAACAUGUUACCAUUUGUUUGUAUGUAAUAGUUAAUAGCAAGUAACAACAUAUUAAAAUGGAUAAAACAAAAAAGACCAUCUGUGUUGUGGUCUUAGGUGACAUAGGUCGCAGUCCAAGGAUGCAAUAUCAUGCUCAGUCGUUCAUACGCGAAGGAUACAAUGUAGAUGUUAUUGGGUAUACUGAUAGUCCAAUACUUGAUGAUUUGAAAGAAAAUGCUACAAUUAUCAGUGUUAAAAAACCAUUUCCAUUUGAUGAAUGUAAAUAUUUCUAUACUUGAAAAAUAAUUUAUAAUUUAUUUAAUUAUUAAAAUAGCACAUAAAUUCUAAGGUAAUUCUAAUUCUAAAUUGUCACAUAGUCAAUAAUAUUCAUUAUUUUGUAGUUGUCUUGUUAUACCUAUGAUCUACAUCAUUGUGUUUUAUAGUUUAUUUGAUUUUAUUUUUGUUUGUGUAUUCUACAGAUGUGCCGCGAACAGUAGCAUUUUUCUUUAAAGUUGUGUGGCAAACUUUGACGUUAUUUUGGGCAAUUUUAGCAAAACGCAAAUCUAAUAUAGUAUUAGUUCAAAAUCCGCCUGCAAUUCCAACACUUGCAGUAUGUUGGUUUUACUGUUUGCUUGUCAAUGCAAAAUUUAUUAUUGACUGGCACAAUUAUGCUUAUUCGAUACUUGCCUUAACAUUAAGCUCUGAUGCACCCCUGGUAAAAUUGUCUUUGUUAUAUGAAAAGUUUUUUGGUCAAUUAGCCGAUACUAAUUUAUGUGUUACCAAAGCAAUGAAAGAAGACCUGGAUAAAAAUUGGAAUAUUAAGUAUAUUAAUUUUUAGAUUUUUGUAUGCAUGCAAUUUCUUAUAGAAUAGAAUAUGUAUAUUGUAUAUAUAUGUGUACUUUAAUUCAUUAUUUUAGAGCAAUCACUUUAUAUGACCGUCCAGGCCCACAGUUUAAAACCAUUUCAUCAAUAGAAAAACAUUGUUUACUAGAGAAAAUGAAUUUAAACAAUUUCACUGAGUUAUGUGAAUCUGGAAAAGUGCAAUUGAAACCUGAUCGCCCAGGUUUAAUUGUGUCCAGUACUAGCUGGACUCCAGAUGAAGAUUUUUCCAUUCUUUUGAAAGCUUUACAAAGUAUACAUAAUAUUAUAUUUUUUCUCCUAUUUCAUUUUAUAAAUUGAAUUAUUUACAGUGCAUACAAUUUUAAAUGAAUUCUUUUCCUUCUGAUUUAUAUGUUACCUAAAUACUAUACUUUAAAUUAAACUAUUUAGGCAUAUAAAUGGUUUCAUACAUAGUUGAAAAAUAUUACUGUCCUUAUUUUUAUUUGUGUAGCAAAAGUUUAAGAAAUUUAUUUUAUUUUAUACCUAAUUUAAUAUGUAUUUAUAAUAUAAUUGACAGAAUAUGAUGAAAGUGAUGAUGUGUAUCCAAAACUUAUUUGUAUUAUUACUGGAAAAGGCCCAUUAAAGUACCAUUAUCAACAAAUAAUUUUAAAAUUAAAAUGGAGAAAAGUUUCAAUUCUUACACCUUGGCUUGAAAAUAAAGACUAUCCACUUAUUUUAGGUAUAAUUUUGUUAAUGAAUAUCCAAAAUAAGAUAAAUAAUUUGAUUUUUUUUUUCAUAAAUAAUUUCAGCAUGUGCUGAUCUAGGUGUAUGUUUACAUGCUUCCUCGAGUGGUCUAGAUUUGCCCAUGAAAGUAAUUGAUAUGUAUGGUGUCGGUUUACCUGUUUGUGCAUUUGAUUUUAAAUGGUAAAUUUUCUAUAACUACCUUGUAGUUAUUAAAUGAAGUAUUAUUUUCAUUUAGUUACUGUUAUUUAUAGUGACUGUUUUAAUUUAUUACAUUAUUAAGAUUUUGUCAAAUACACUAUUGUUUCAGCUUAAGUGAAUUAGUUCGACAUAAUGAAAAUGGUCUUGUUUUUUCAAAUGAAAAUCAGCUUGCAUUUCAUAUUAUGGAAUGGUUUAAAAACUUUCCUUCACAGAUUUAUGAGAAGAAAACUUUGUUCUGCAAAGAAAUCGAAAAUUUUCGGUUAGUUGAUUGGCACACUAAUUGGAUGAAGAAUGUGCAUCCACAUUUUUCCAAUCUAUUUAUUUAAUCAUUUUAAUUUGGUUUUAUUAUUUUAAGUAUUUGUAUAUUAUAAUAUAUUUUAUAUAUUGUUUAUUUUGUGUUAUGUUGGAAACAAGAUAUGUCUGUAUGCAGAUUUAUCGGAGCAUUUAUUCCUUAAAUACUAUGAAAUAAAAAAAAAAAUUGUUACAUUUUCAUAAAUAUAUAUUUGUUUAAAUGUUUA